UCAAACGGCGUGCAUGCAUACAUGCAACCAAGCAACCAUGAUGAAAGGUACGAAUAAUGGGCUGCGUCGAUCUUGGACGCUUUGGAAGAUGAGCUCGUUGAUCUUGAACUUGAAUUCCAACGCCGACAACAGACAGUUGCAAACGUGACCCGGACCUAUUCAGACCUCCCGGGAACACUGCCCGACCAGAUUCGUGUCUAGUGCUUCAAGAAAGCAGAGAUAUGAAUAAUUGGGGAGGCAAUCGUUCUUUGAUGAAUGGUGGCGAUUCUUUUUCUUUAACCAAGCCAAGUGUACAAAGACUCUCCGUUUCAACUCUGCAGCUUGUGCUGCUCAGCUCUGUAUGCUUACUUCAAGCUCAAAUCGCAGAGGGACAGCACAAGGGCCGAGGUAAUCACUCUCCCGCUCCCAAGUUUGGCGAUCGAAUCAAACCUUUUGUUCGCGGAGCCAAAAGCCUGAGGCAAACGUUUCCCUUUAAUGCCCAUAACAAUCAGGCCAACAGGGAUCAAGACCAUCAUCAUCAUGGACACGAAGCCAAUAGUGGUCAAACAGUUUCGAGUAACAAUCGAGGCUCUCGCCAAGGCCAAGGCAAUGGGGUUGCAUUAGACAUUGGCACCAUUGCCGCUGCUGGAGAGCGUUGCAUUGACAAGGUCAUCACGGUUGAGGAAACGGAAUAUGACAACGUGAUCAAUUGCAAGCAUAGCUACUCGGAGCGAUGUCAUACCACGUACAAGACGGACUAUACCCCGCAACAGGAAGAGGAAUGUGAUGAGAAUUUCAGGAAGAACUGUUUCAUUGACUACAAGAAUGUGGCCAUUAAAGAAAAAGUGAAGGUCUGUUUCCAACCUUUGGUAAGAAAUUGUAACAUCCCAGGACCUAUUGAAUGCUCCACCGAGUACCAGACUCAAUGUACCACCAGGUACCACGAACAUCAGGUGGAGGACGAUGUUCCCAAUUGCGUUGAAGAGCAAGAGUUCAAAUGUCAGCAAGUCACUAAAGGAUACACAACCGAGGAAGAGUGCAAAGCUUGGCCAGUUCAAAAAUGUAACCUUCAGCGCGAGAGGGUGAACAAGUACACUCCGGAGACCCAUUGCGAGAAGGUCCCCUAUGAGCUGUGUGGACCCUCGUCUUGUCCCGUCGAACCUGGACCAGAGCAAUGCCAAGAAAAAGAAGAGACGAUCGUUCAAGAGACUCCAGAAGAAAUCUGUACCCUGGAGCCCCAAAAGGAGUGCAAACACGUUACAAAGCUUGUGCCCAAACUUGAGCCCUCUGAGAAUUGCGUGGAUGUACCCAAAGAGAUCUGCGUUCGGCAGAGAAACAACCCAAGGAAGGUGUCCAGGCCUAUUGUGAAGAAGUGGUGUUACACGCCCACGGCAGAAUCUGGUCUUUUACCCGGAAGCCAAUUUAGCAAUGGCAACAAUAAUCAAGGCAGUAGACCCCCCACCAAUGUCACACCACAAAAGCCUCAAGGAUGCAUUCAAGGUAGACCCGUGGACUAUUGCCCCACGCGGUCUGGCAAUGGACGAUGUGAUCGAGAAUGCAAUACACGCGCAUGCGGUUAUGAUGGUGGUGAUUGUAAUGCUCCCGUGACCACUCCUGCACCCACAGGAUGUCUCCGAGGAAGACCGUACGAUUAUUGCCCGAGCCGUGCCAACAACGGUCGUUGUGACCGUGAAUGCAAUACACGCGCAUGCGGUUACGAUGGUGGUGAUUGUAAUGCUCCCGUGACCACUCCUGCACCCACAGGAUGUCUCCGAGGACGACCGUACGAUUAUUGCCCGAGCCGUGCCAACAACGGUCGUUGUGACCGUGAAUGCAAUACACGUGCAUGCGGUUAUGACGGUGGGGAUUGUAAUGCUCCGGUCACACCUGCUCCUCAAACAGGCUGCCUUCGUGGAAGACCUUAUAAUUACUGCCCCACCCGUGCCAACAACGGUCGAUGUGACCGUGAAUGUAAUACCGCUAGCUGUGGUUAUGACGGUGGAGACUGUAAUGCCCCUGUAACACCUGCUCCACAACAAGGAUGUGUGCGUGGAAAGCCCUACGAUUACUGCCCAAACCGCUCAAGCAAUGGAAGAUGUGAUCAGGAAUGCAACAAUGCGGCCUGCGGCUAUGAUGGUGGUGACUGUCUCGUAUCAACCGUCAGACCUCGACCCCCGCCAACCCCAGCCCCUCAAGGGUGUCUUCGAGGACGACCAGUGAAUUAUUGCCCAAGGCGUGCCAAUAACGGGCGAUGUGACACAGAAUGCAACACUUCAGCUUGUGGAUAUGAUGGAGGGGACUGUAAAGUAGUGGCCCAACCCCAGCGGCAAGGUUGCAUUCCCGGUAAACCUGUGGACUAUUGCGAGAGGAGGUCCAACAAUAGACGAUGUGACUAUGAAUGUAACAACCAAGCUUGUGGAUACGACAAUGGAGAAUGCAAUCAAAGACCUUCUCCCCCCCAACGCCCUCAACGACCCCAAAGGCCUCAAAGACCACAAAACACACCUCAAAGAGGCUGUCUAAAUGGAUAUCAGGCUAACUACUGCGAGAGUCGACGUAAUAAUGGCCGUUGCGAACCAGAAUGCAACAUAUCUGCUUGCAAUUAUGACGGAAACGAUUGUCGGCAACCUGCUCCUAGACCGCCUUCUAACGGAUACUUACCCCCGCCUGCAAAUGGUUAUGGCAAAUGAUAUGGCUGAGGUUGAAUGCUUUUUCCAAACUAUCCUCUUACCAACCCCACUACUGCCAUUUUUACUUGUACAAACUCCAAGUAUUACAACUAGUCGUAACUUUGCUGCUUUCGACCAACUUUUAAAUACACUGGGCAUUAUCUGGAUAAA